GAGAAACCAGGCACCCCGCUGGUUGCUCACGAUUGGCAAGGGCUCUGGAGAGGAGACUGGGGGAUCCGGACGCCUUGAGUGUCCCAGUUUGAGUCCCUGAGUCGCACAACCAACUGAUCGGGGGCCCUGCUGGCGGUGGCGUGAAGCCGGUCCAGAGGUCUGAGCUCAGUUGUCCCUGGACCUGGGUUACCCUAAGCUGCUAGGGGUCGGCCCUGGGGCUCUUCGAGGACUGGAGUGGGGGCGGGAGAGGAAAGCGCAGGGCCCUGGAGAAAACAGCUCCCACCGACAUCGAGGACGAAUGCAACGAUCCUUGGGGACUUGUUCAGAGGAGCCUUCCGGCGCCCUCGGCACGCGGCAGGGUUGAUUUAGGCCUGGCACGCAGUAGGUGUCGGCACUGCCCUUGCCAGGUCUUUCGAAGGACUGCAGAGACUCCGUGUCCCUCCCUGUGGGCCCCUAGCCCAUCUCAUUCGCUCUGCUCAGUCCCCUUGCUUCAAACUAGUUCACCUUUUAAUUACUUCCAGCUUGGCCUAUCACUUAAAUGCGCCUGGGCCACCUAAGCAAAGUCGAAUUAUUUUGGCAUACAUGGCUGUUUUCAGGGACCAUAUUUCAUAUCCACCUUCACUAGAACUAUACCUGUGCAGUUUUAGCAUUAGUUUCAGUUGACCACAAAUUCAAUUGUUUGAGACAAUACAGACAGAAUGGUCAGUCACAGCAGUGUGAAUUCCUGAGACAGCACAUGCGGGAAAGGUGUUUUCUUACAAGAAAAAUAUUAACCCCUAAAGUGGAUGGUAAGAGUGGUUAGUUCUUUAACCCUGCAUCAGACAGAUGGGUCAUUGCUUUGGCUACAUUUAGAUACCUUUUUUAGCUGUUACUGUCUUAAUAAUAAGCUAGUAGUAUUCUGAUUAACCUAACUGGUUAACCGUUAUUUUGUUAACCAGUUGAUGCAGUGAAAUAUUUUGGUAUGGUCUUAACACCAUUUGUCUUAACUUAGGUUAAGCUUUUUGGUAGGGUCUAAAUUUUUUUUUUUUAAAUCAAAGUGGAAAUUGGGCAAGAGAGAAAAAAAUACCUUUUUUAAAGUGUUAUAAACAGCUAAAAAGGUAGUUUUUCAAGUCUAUAGAAAUUAUGAUUCUAGAAAACAGAUGUAGAAAGCUUCAGGAAUUCCCACAAAUGUAUUAAAUAUAAAUGUUCAUCUAAUCUAAACGUAACCCCCAUGCUGGAGAUUUUAUGCUACUUGUAUGGCCAUGUGAGGGUAUGGUUACCAUUUGAUUUUAUCGUAAUACCAAAUUGCCCAAGUAUCUCCCUUUUGUCUUGGUCUUCGCAUUGACAGCUUUAUAGCAGAGAUCUUUCACAUUGAUUGGGACAAGUUUAAGCUGUCCAAUUAGAGUAGCUGCUCUUGGCUUAAGAAAUUUAGUGUCUCUUAACCAAAUAAAGAAAUUUAGAGUGUUACUUUGUUUCAUUGAUUUUUAUAUACAGUUUGUCAUUUGGGAGAGCAGUUCCCUGCAGCAAAAGAUGAGGAGUUCUAAGACUUUCAAGCUGUAGUUUAAUUAUUAAGUAUAGGAACUCUGGCUGAAUAGCUCAGUGGGUCAGAGCAUCAUCCUGACACACCAAAGGUUGCGGGUUCGAUCCCCAGUUAGGGCUUAUACAAGAAUCAACCAACGAAUGUGUGAAUAAGUGGACCCACAAAUUGAUGUUUCUUCCCUGCCAAAAUCCAUAAAUAAAAGGCUUUUUUUUAAUGGAAGGAAAUGAUAGGUAUACACUUGAAUAUGAAUUUUUCCACCUUUCCUGGCUUUCAUUAGAUAGUUCCUAAGUACCUCUGUUUAAACCAGGGCUUGUUCAAUGAAGCUGGUUUCGCUCUUUCCACUUGAAUCUGCUGGGAAGUCAAGCUGUGUUAUCGGCAUCAUAAUUUGCUCUUCGGUACCUUUCACAGACCACAAUUAUGACCUCACCAAACACAUCUUUGGUAAUUUCAGGGUAGCCAGGUGCUUCUUAAAUGGGGCCCUACCAAGUAAAAUGUUUACUAGGUACUGUUCUGGGAGCCUUUUCUCUCUGAGCUCUAAGGCAGAAAGCCCAUGAAGCCAUCCGUUUGCACAGUGGGUUUGUGGGUAAGACCACAGCGCACGUGGUAUGUCAAGAGGUUCCUGAGCUUUGUAGUUUAGGGAUCGAAAGAGCUAAUUGCUUUACAUUUGUGGCCACACAUGUGUUUUGGGGUUUUUUUUCCUCAUCCUGGGUAGUAUUACCUCCAAUCUGCAGAUGAGGAAAAGUGGCCAGAGGUGUGCAGUGGGUCAAGACAUUGAUGCAGGUCAGGCGGACCACAAAGCAGUGUGGUCUUCCAGGGACGGCAGCAGGAAAGGCCGAGUCAAGAAGAAGUUGAGAGAGUAAGGGGGUGGGGGGAGAACAGAGCUGGAGAUGUUAGGGAAGGUAAAGGAACAAGCUGGAGAAAGGAUGGAGUUACUUUCAAGACAUGGACUGCUGCUCUUCCAAGAUCAGUCUCUCGGAAGUAACCCACAUGGGAGUAUGCCUCGCUUUCUUUGUACCAAGACAAACACAUGGCAUCAUUAUGCUAACAGAGGCUGGAGACUUAGGAGAAAAUAGAGUGUUGUUAUUGCUACUUUUUGUGUAGUUCUGACUUUAAUCGUGUAGGUGAUAAGUUACAAAGUUCCUGUUAGGUGCCAUAAAUAGGACAGGUGUAAUUCCCUGUGGAUUCAGAGUUUUCUGUUUAAAAAAAAAAAAAAGGAACGGGAUGUUGUAACCACACAAAUUGAAAGCUUUUCUCUUCUACUUCCUUGUUGUCUUCAUCUGCUUCCUUGUCUCUUGAACGGGGUAGCAGUAAGCCUAUUAAAUUCAGACAGACCCAGAGCAGUCUCCUCUUCCUCUUUCCCCCCAAGUCCAAGGUGACAGCUCUGCCCUCCCGGUUCAAUCUGUGCUGCUCGUUUUCUUUGAGAAGGAAAUCUCUGAACAUUUAUUACUGUGGGUGAAAGGUGCUGUGCCCCCCCAGCCUAGGAAAGGACGAGGUCUGUUUCAGGCCCGAGCCCCAUCCCCCGGGGCUUCCAUUUUGGGGGGUGUUUGGCUCUCAUGAGGAUUUCAGAGGGCGAGCAAGGGAGGAUGAGCUGGUGAAAGGCAGAGGGCGGCUGCCUUAUUUUCACUCCCAUUCUGCAAGGAGCCCCAGAACACACUUUGGAAACAUGAAUUAUUAUUAAGCGUUUGCCAGGACACCCUCCUCCUCUCGCUUAGCUUCUGGUGCCGUCAGCUGGCUGUUGUGACUUUGUAGGGCUGCGAGAGCCGGUCCGUUCGGGCCGGAGUUUGGCCCUGCACUGCUGGUGAGGGCAUCCUUGUGAUAUGUCCUCGUGGGGGAGGGGAAAAAAGACGUAGCAGCAAUCAGCACUCCAGAAUUCUGGACUCGGCUUCUUAUGUAUUAUAAACAUAAGAAAUAUAAGAAACCACAGCUUCCAAACGUGUCUGUCCAAGCAACCGGAAGGACUUCUCAUUCCUGUGACAGAGCUUCUCGACCCUGGGGGAUGCCUCUGAGCAGCAGCUGAGGGUCUUCCUGAACACAGGUUCUCCCUCAGGUUGGGGGCAGGGCUGGGGAGUCUCCAUUCCUGAGCAGCUCCCCAGUGGCACUCGCCGUGGCUGCUGCUUCCAGUACCCUAGCCACCAGCACGCGUGGCUAGUCCACACUGACCGUGUUGUCAGCGUCAAUGCACCCCAGAGCUUGCAUACUGGGGUAAAAAAGUAACUUAAGAAAUGCAUCUGUUUGACCUGGGGCCCUUCCCGUGGCUGCUAAGGUUCCAGCGCAGAUGCAAGAAAAAAGGGUCGCCCACCGUGCCAUCUGUCCAAGUGUGGCAGCCGGGGCGGGGGAGUGAGAAAGUGAAUUAUAAAGAUCUCAGUGGCUUUUCUAUUGAUUACAUGCAGAAAUAAUAUUUUGGGAUAUAUUUGGGUAAAUAUGUUAAAAUGUUAAAUAUCUAUUUAAUGUAUUAAAAUUAGUUUCCUCAGUCUCUUUUUUACUACUGUUUCCCUCUUUUUAAUGUGACUCCUGGAAAAUGUGGAAUCUCACACGUGGCUUGCAUUCUGCCUGUGUGGGACAAUGCCCUUCUAGAACAUCACUGCAAUAGAAGCCAGAGCUUGGGGUGUUCUUUUUCAGAUGACCCCAUUUCACGAUCCCCUUUUACUGUCUCACCUUCUCUGUUCACCCAAAUCUGCGUGCGCAUCGUUCUUUUCCCUGCACGUUGUCACCCCUACCCCCUCCAUGUCUGGCUCCAGCAUCCGGGUCCCGGGCUCCCACCCAGCCGCACACUCAUCCUUGCUCAGAGCCCGUCGCUGUGGCCCCGAGUGGGCGGCUGGGCUGGCGGCAGCAGCCUCCCCUGGGAGGUGGUCAGGAAGCGUCCCAGGCCCUGGGGACCCAGCGUCCCACUUAUCUCACACGGUCCCCAGGGGAUGCAUCUCGUCUGCCCGGGGAAGGGUGCCCUGUGGGAGCUUUAGCGCCCUCCCUAAAGCCCCCAUUUCGGUCCCUCUCCAUCAGUCUGUCUCCACGCCUGUUUCUCCGCUAGGUUUUGAUGAUGUUGGUUUUCAUGACGUUUCUGCAGGGUGGUGUGCCAUGCAAGUUGUGUGUGGCUAAGAGAAACUUGUACUCCUCCCUUUCUAAAAAAAUAGUUACACAGUGGGUUUUGGGCAAAUGACGUCCAGAAGGCAAGUCCAGAGAGGGAGGUGCUGCGCCUUCCUGCAGGUGGUUCCAACAGCCACUGUGGCUCAGGCCCCCGGGGAGGCCCCCGUCCCCCUUUGCCGCGCUCCAGAGCACUCGGGCUGCCAGUGGGGCCAGCCUCACUGACUGGUUUAAAUUGGUGACUGUUUGCCCUAGUCACAGCCACGGACUUCUGUCCCACCGGGUGCCCGCCUAGGUCUGGGGCACCCCAUGCAGAGGCCCAAGGAGGGAAUGCCAGCCAGACCCAAGUCAGGAAGAGGGGCCCUGGUAGAGGCGGGUUCCAAGUCCCCACUGCAGGCCCUUCAGGUGACCGGGGACCACAGAGCCUGGGCCACAGCUGUGGAGCAGGUCCCCCACUCUGGUCUGUGGCCUGUGUCACACUUACAGACAGACAUUGCAGCUUCGGUCUUCCGCCCCCGGCUCCCUGGGUGCCUGGGGCCAGGCCCAGCUCGUACUCAGUGUUGGAAAUACUGCACACGCCUGGUGCCUGUUGUGUGUGUGGGAAGGGCCUCGGACAGCGCGGGGCUGUGACCUCAACCGCACCAGUGCUUAGUGCAGGAAGUGGGGGUGCGAGCCAGCCCUGAGCGCCGCCCCCCUCCCAGAAAGGAAUUAGAGCAGAGCGCCAGUGCCUCGCUAGUUUCCCCUUACUCACGCUUCUGGGUCCCUUUUUUUUUUUAAUGUCACAAUGAGCUCUCAUUUCAAGCGCUUAUUGUUCCCCAAAGACUUCGGGCUGCUCUGUGGGUAUCACAAAAACUGAAACCCAACCCCAGUCCUCCCUGCGCUUUGGGGAAGUGGGGCCGCGGGUGUGUCUGUCAUUGGUAGAUGUCACUGGCGUAGAGCCAGAGCUCCGGGAGAUACUAAAAGUAUUUGGGACCGUCCGAUUGGCUGUUGGAAUUCGCUGGUAGACAAAGCAGCCAGUCACUGAACACGGGGACCUGCCUGGACACCGGGUGGGUGGCAGCUCCUCCAGUGCAUGUCAGCUCUGAAGUAGGACAGGGGUAGGGUUGGAGACGCACUGGGCCGAUGACAAAGCAGCCGCUGAAAGCGCCCUCCUCCCCGCCCUUUGUCUGGGGGUUUCGCCCGUCUCAGACCUGCUUCCUUCCUUUGUCACCGGGCUGCAGCCCGUGCUGCCCUGCCUGGUCGGAUUCACCAGCUAACGGAAGAGAAACCGCAGGAGAGGGGUGGGCCGGCCUUCCCCGAUGAAUCCUAUCCAGGGGCUGGGCGCUGUCCGGUGCCCACGGGAAUUUUGUUCUGGGGAUGCGGGAAGCAGAUUCGAGGCGGGGAAGGGAGGCCCUGGGCGGGCACACGGGCGUUUGCCGGGCAGUGGAGCCUUUGCCGCGGCGACCCCGGGGAAAGUGUGUCGGCCUUCGUUCCUGAGGAUACUUACUUCUGAAGCAUUUCUCACACAAUAAACCAAAGCCGUAUUCUAAGUGCCAUUCUCGUGCACACACUGCUUCUAAACAUCUCUCUUCCCAACCAGGGAGCACCUGGCUGCACCGCCGUGACUGCCGCCCACCGGGGCUGCCACCGUGCUGCAUGUCAGGCCGGUGGCAGAGACGGCGUGAGGUCAGACCACGUGUCAGUCACAGAACCGAGGAUGUAGCAGGGAGAGGAAACUGCUUGCUGCAUUGUCCUCCUAACAUUGGCCGGUGUCUUCUCGGCGUCAGCUGUGCCGACGACUGAGACAUUUGGCUUUGGAAUCCCAGGAAAGGCACAGGCUUGCUCGGAAACCACCCCGACUCGCAUGCCGGUGUUGGCUUCCCCGGCGCUUCCCCGAGGUGCUGGACACGCAGACCCUCUCCGUCCAUGAGCGCCCUGGGUCGGUUUCGCCUUCCUACACCCUUGACCAGGAUGGACCCCGGGCCAUGGGGACGCCGGCUGGCAGCACUGUUGUCCCCAGGAGUGGGGGUGGCUGCAGUCCAGGUGGCAGGCAAGAAGGACCGCCCUGCUCUGCUUCCUCUGGACGAAGGUGAACUUGAAGAGCAGUUUGUGAAGGGACAUGGUCCCGGGGGCCAGGCAACCAACAAGACCAGCAACUGCGUGGUGCUGAAGCACAUCCCCUCAGGCCUGGUGGUCAAGUGCCAUCAGACAAGGUCCGUCGAUCAGAAUAGGAAACUGGCUCGGAAAAUCCUGCAGGAGAAGGUGGACAUUUUCUACAACGGUGAGGACAGUCUUGCUCACAGAGAAAAACGUGAAGCAGAGAAGAAAAAGCAAGAGAGGAAAAAAAGAGCCAAGGAAACCCUGGAAAAAAAGAAACGACUGAAGGAACUCUGGGCGUCGAGUGCGCAUGUCCGCGGGGGCACGCCAGGGGGCUCCGACUGAAGGGGGCUCCGACUGAAUCGGCCUGCCGGUGCCACGGCGAGGCCCUCCGGCACCUGUGCCGUCUCCGGGCUGCGAAAGCCAUUGUUUGGACAGGUGGGAAGGAAGGACGUCCGGGUUCUCGGAAAGGCAGGCUGAGGGGUGAGGCACCCAGAGGAGAGCGAAGCGCAAGGACCUCCCCACUGGGGGAGGACCAGGGCUGCUUCGGGGCGGAAAGGCUGAGUCCUGAGGAGCAGCCGUGGUGGCCGUCCUGCUCCUGAUCUGGGCAGCAGGGACGAGGACGUCGCCUUGGUUUCUAAGCUGUGCAUUUGUGUGAUUGUAUCUUAUUUUAUUCUCAAAGGUUAGAAAUUAAAAAAAAAUUAAGUGCAAUUAUUGCCCUGGCUGGCGUGGCUCCGAGGACGGAGCGGCAGCCUGGGAACGCGUCUCAGUCGGGGGCCGUGCCUGGGCUGCGGGCCAGGUCCCCAGCUGGGGGAGUGCAGGGGGCAGCUCACGGAUGUUUCUCUCACACAUCAGUGUCCCUCUGUCUGGAAACAAAUAAAAUCUUUAAAAAAUAAAG